AUGUCUAUAAUCAACGAAGAUAUACUCUGGCUUGAACCACUUCUCAUCGAUAAUGACAUUCAAAUGACCAGAACAACGCUCGAAUAUCAAAUAGAAUCAUUUUCAUCAGUAUCAUCAAAUAUAUCCUUUUUUUAUUUCUUAAAUUUUACGAAUUCAUCAACGAUUACACCACCAAUUUCUAUUGAAAAACGUUUCUCUAUAUUAAAAUGGUCUGUUCGAAUAAUCGGCUGUUUAUUAAUUAUCGUCGGUGGCAUUGGAAAUACUCUAUCGGCAUUAACACUUAGCCGUAAAAAGUUACGAACACAAGUCACAUCGAUUUAUCUCAUUGCUUUAGCAUUAUCCGAUCUCGGCAAUGUUUUCUUUAGUGUAUUAAAUUUCUAUCUAGUCCGACUUGAUUCCAAUCGUAAUAUGCGUUUAUACAGCAAUCUAUCUUGUAAAGUCCAUAUAUUUUUCACUUAUUAUUUUAUUAAUUUAUCUCCAACAUUACUUGUUGCUGUUAGUGUUCAACGUUAUCUUGCUAUAGCAAAACAUCAUUAUUCAAAAAAACAUUGCACUGUUAAGAAUGCUUAUUUUGUUAUUGGCUUAAUUUGCUUGGUAUCAUUUUUUAUUGAAUUACAUUGGGGUAUGUUUUAUGAGCUCCGAUCCAUUCCUAAUAAACAAAUUUCAACUUCGUUCAAUCAUACUAUAUCAUAUAGACGUGUAUGCAAUAUAACAUUGAACUAUCCGAAAUAUCUAUGGUUUCGUUCGAAUGUAUUAGGCUAUAUUCAAUGGCUUUUCUUUACGUUAUGUCCGUUUAUAAUAAUGUUAAUUCUUAAUUCGUUGAUAUUAAAUGUAAUAGCAUCGGCUCGUCGUAUACAACAGCAUAGUCAUCAGAAGAAUCGUCGUCGACAAGUUAAACAACGAAAUUUAACUAUUAUGCUUCUAUCUGUAUCAUGUGUAUUUAUAUUAUUAACAGCGCCAGCAUCGACAUUUAUGGCGUUUGGAAAUCUAUUUAAAAAUUUUCACGGGCGAAAUUCUCAGUCACUAUGGACUGUGUUUUCAUUGAUUUAUUAUACUAAUACGGCAGCAAAUUUUUUACUCUAUUUUUUAACGGCAAAUGUUUUCCGACAAGAACUUCGUGUUAUGAUAUCAGCUUUGCCUGGAUGUUCGAACAUUUUACCCGAACAAUUUCGAAUUCUACAGGAAAAUACAUUUAUUAGUGGAGGCGUUAAAUUAAAUACAAUCAGAAAAUCACCAUUGACAAUAAAUCCGUUGACGACAUCAGGAACAUUACUUUCUGACGAAGAAAAUAUGAGUGAAAGUCAACGAAAACGUGGUGCAACUACUUCAUUACGAACUAAUUCAAGUAGUCGUUACUUACAUAUAUUUAGCCCUGUGAAUAAUAAUAAAAAUAAUAAUUGUCGGAUAUCACACAAUGCCAGUUCUCCAUUAUAA